GAGAUCCGCCUAUAAAAAGUGAUUUAAUGUAAACAAAAUUAUUACAUUCUGUAGGUAACCCCUGGCGCGGGCGACAUUGCCGGUAAUGUUCGAAGAAAUGUCAGAUAUUUCCACGGGAUACCUUUGUCGUUGCUAAUUUGCCUCAGCCGAAGGGUCAGUAUGACUAAUUUCAAGGUUCUGUGUUGUGCCAAAGGUGAAUCUCCCGAGAAAAAGGUUAACAAGGGGCCCACCUUUGGUUGCAGACACUUCCAAAUGAUACUAUAUUUCUUACUGAUGACCUACACCUACUGCAUGCGAACAGUAUUAUCCGUGGCAAUAGUGGCUAUGAACGACAACAGUACAUCUAUUAACAGCAACGUGCCCACCUACAACUGGGACAACCAGAGCGUGGUUCUGUCCGCCUUCUUCUGGGGCUACGUGAUGCUGCAGAUCCCCGCCGGCCAGCUCGGUAAGAAGUUCGGGGCCAAGUGGAUGUUGGUGUGCUGCAUAACGGUGGACUCCGUGGCCUGCUUAUCGAUCCCAGUGAUCGCCGAAUAUUUCGGCGCUACAGGGGUGAUGGUCUGCAGGUUCUUCCAGGGAUUGUCGCAGGGCUGCAUUUCGCCGCUGCUCCAUACGCUGUUGGGGUAUUGGGCGCCACCCUGCGAGAGGUCCGUCAUAGGGACGUUUUCCUACGCAGGUUCUGUUUUUGGAAACAUCCUGUCACUACCAGUGACAGGCUUCAUAUGUUCCACUUGGGUAGGUUGGCCUGUCGCUUUCUACCUAUUCGGAGCGUUAGGGUUGAAAUGGGUUAUUCUUUGGAUACUAUUCGGUGUCGAUAGACCAGGAUGCCACAAAACUAUAACCUCAUAUGAGAAGAUGUACAUUGAGAGCAGUCUAGGCCACGAGGAACACAAGGUGCAUCGCACGCCUUGGAAGGCCAUCUUAACGUCCCCGCCAUUUUGGGCCGUCACUUUCGCUUUUAUGGGUGCCAACUGGGGUAGUUCGGUGUUACUGACACAAACUCCCACGUACCUCAACAAGAUUUUAAAAUACGACAUAAAAUCAAACAGCCUGUUGUCCGCCGCCCCUUACGUCAUGAUGAUGAUGUGCUCUCUGAUGUUUAGCCCCAUCUGCGACAUGCUGAUCAACAGGGAGAUAUUGUCCAGAGGAGCCGCCAGGAAGAUAUUUAACAGUAUAGGCACCCUUUGCCCCGCUGUGAGUCUCACCCUUGUGGGAUUCAUCCCUCAGGACGAAGCAGGAAUUGCGGUGACCCUCCUGAUCCUAACGGGCGGCCUCAGCGCCGGAGGUUUCUGCAGUUUUCAAGUAAACCACAUGGACCUGUCGCCCAACCAUUCUGGCGUCCUCAUGGGUCUAUCCAACGGAUCCACCAGUAUUUUUUCCAUCAUAUCGCCCCUUAUCGUCCAGUACAUUGUCACCGAUCAGACGAACCAAUCGAUGUGGAGGACCAUAUUCGUCACAGCGGCCUGCGUCUACGCGGCAACGGAUAUUUUCUACGUCGUUUUCGGUUCCGGCGAGGUCCAGUCGUGGAAUGAGGCGAAGGAAAAGGACGAUAAAGACUGCACGAAAGCGUGAUGAAAAGAAAUGUUGCGUAAAUACUCAGCCCAAGUGUGAAUAUUUUGUAUAUAGUCAAUUUCUGUCGCGUUGAAUUGUUGUAUAUAGUGUAUUUUAAUAAUAAAUGUUUUUAUUUUAACAAUUA